AUGCUGUUUGACAACAUCAACUUGUACGCCCUUUUGGGUAACGACGUAGAGGACUCCUCUGUCGUUGAUGGAUCUUACCCCAAGGAAAUUGUGAAGAAGGGUACCUCGUCGAAGAAGGCCGAUGUGCCUCCUCCCUCUGCUGAUCCCGCUAAGGCUCGUAACAACAAGAAGAAGCCUACCGGCAACGAAGCUGCUGCCCGUACCAAGAACACUAACCGUACCAAGGGCGGUCCUUCGUCGACUCCCUCUAAGCACCAAAAGAAGCCUUUCGACAAGCACUCUAGAAAGAACGACGACUCGAAGAAGAAGGUCAGACAAGGUUGGGGUGAAUCCACUAAGGCUCAAGCCGAAGGUGAAGUCGAAGGCGCCAAGGACGCUGAAAUCGAAAUUGAAAAGGACGCUGCCGCUCCUGCUGCCCCUCCUAAGCCUCAAGGCAAGUCGCUUGCUGAGUACUUCGAAGAGUUGAAGGUUAAGCAAUCUGGUUUGGAAGGUCUGAAGGCUAUCAGAGAAGCCAACGAAGGUUCCGAAAAGUGGACCGACGCUGAAAAGAUCGAAAAGCAACAGGAAGAAUUCGUUUCCGCUACUGCUGUCAAGUCCACUAAGCAAAAGGCUAAGAAGGAAAAGAAGUUCUUGGAUUUUGACGCUGUGUUCGCUGACCAAUCGUCCAGAGAUGACUCGAAGUCUUUCAAGGGUGGUAAGAAGUCGACUGGUGGCAAGAAGAACUCCAAGUCUAACACCCUGAAGCCCGAAGUCAACGACGUCAAUUUCCCCUCGUUGUAA